GCCUCCCCGUCGUCGUCCUCCUCCUCCGUGCGCCUGCAUCCCCCCGCAUCGCCCACUCCGCGGCCAUGAGCGGCUGGAACAGCUACAUCGACAACCUGAUGGCGGACGACACCUGCCAGGACGCGGCCAUCGUGGGCUACAAGGACGUGCCGUCCGUCUGGGCCGCCGCCCCGGGGAAGACCUUCGCCAACAUCACGCCGGCGGAAGUGAACAUCCUAGUGGGCAAAGACCGGAGCAACCUGUUUGUCAACGGCCUGACUCUGGGCGGUCAGAAGUGCUCCGUGAUCCGGGACAGCCUUCACACGGACGGAGAGUGCACCAUGGACCUGAGGACCAAGAGCACCGGGGGGGCCCCCACCUUCAACAUCACAGCCGCCAUGACGGCCAAGACGAUAGUUCUGGUGAUGGGGAAGGAAGGCGUCCACGGCGGUUGCGUGAACAAGAAGUGCUACGAGAUGGCCAACCACUUGCGGAGGUCGCAAUACUGAGGCGCGCCCCCCCUGCCCCGCCUGCGGUACUACUGAGGGACCGGGGGGGGGACGAUGCCCACGGGGGCUGCCACCCACCACCCGGGACCCCCAGCCCAGCCCCG